CUUAUCUUAGCUAUUUGGAUAUUCCUCUCUCAAAUCUCUCUUCAUUAACACACGUACACAAUGAGAAGGGCAGCCUCUCUUUUUCCCUGGCUUUCCCUCCUCUUUGUACUGUCUUCUACUCUCAAUGUGAGCCAAGGAAAGGAAAGCCAAGGAGAGCUCCUGUAUAAGCUAAUCAAGGAGAAACGAGGGGGCAAAGUGUUCACUUCGGAGCCCUAUGUGAGCCGCAGCAGACGAGAGAAUUAUUCGCCCGUGUAUGUUGCUCCCCAAGAUGGCUUGAAAGCCAUUGAUAAGAUUGAGAAGUUACCUGGCCAACCUCAGGGAGUCGAUUUCGAGCAAUACAGCGGCUACGUAACCGUAGACCCGACAGCUGGGAGAGCCCUCUUCUACUAUUUUGUCGAGUCUCCAGCUGAUUCUGCAACAAAACCUCUCGUAAUAUGGCUAAAUGGAGGACCUGGGUGCUCUUCACUUGGGUACGGGGCAAUGGAGGAGUUGGGGCCUUUUAGGGUCAUGAGUGAUGGCAAAACACUCUUUAGAAACCCGUAUGCAUGGAACCAGGUGGCAAAUAUGCUAUUCUUGGAGUCACCAGCAGGAGUGGGUUUCUCCUACUCGAACACUUCCUCCGACUAUAAACUGAGUGGGGAUAAGAGAACGGCCCGGGACGCCUACACAUUUCUGGUGAACUGGCUCGAGAGGUUCCCCGAGUACAAGACCAGAGAUUUCUUCAUCACCGGUGAGAGCUAUGCCGGACACUAUGUACCUCAGCUUGCCUACACUAUCCUAACCAGCAACAACAGCAAUAUCAAAUUCAAAGGAAUAGCGAUUGGAAAUGCAUGGAUUGAUGAUGAGACGAAUACCUUGGGAAUGUAUGAUUAUUUUUGGACCCACGCCCUCAUUUCGGAUGAUACAAUCGGGGCCAUCCACACAUAUUGUGAUUUCUCGCCAAACGCCACCAACUCUGACCACUGCGACGCUGCCGUGAAUGCGGCCAACAGCGUGUUUUAUGAUCAAAUAGACAUAUACAACAUCUAUGCUCCAUUGUGUCACACAGCCAACACCACCCUUCCCCCAACUGGCUCAAUUGACUACUUCGAUCCCUGCUCGAGUACAUAUGUUGAAAACUACUUGAAUCUCAAAGAGGUGCAAGCGGCCCUUCAUGCCAAGCCCACCUCCUGGACCGCUUGCAGCGGUAUCGUGGGUGCGUACUGGAAUGACAGCCCCGCAACUUUGUUGCCGACCAUAAGACGCCUCUUGGAUAGCGGAAUAAGUGUGUGGAUAUACAGCGGAGAUAUUGAUGGAAGGGUGCCGGUAACAUCGAGCAGGUACUCUGUAAACAGCUUGAACCUCACCAAAGUGACUCCAUGGCAUUCCUGGUAUCUCAACGAAGAGGUAGCUGGAUAUGUUGAGGGUUACAAAGGGUUGGCUUUGGUAACCGUAAGAGGCGCCGGCCAUACGGUGCCCAGCUAUCAGCCGGCUAGAGCCCUUGCCAUGCUUUCCUUCUUCCUUCAAAACAAGCUUCCAACUUCACCUUAGCACCUCUUCUCUAUUCUCAUGACCAGUUCGAUUAUAAUGAAUAAUAGUUGUUCAAUUUUAGUCAACUUUUUCCUCAAAAAUAAAAUUUAGUUGUAUUUCUUUAUUUGGAGAUGUUUUGUUUUAUCUUGUGGACCCGAGGGUCUCAGGCAUGUUAUCUUCUUACGCAUUUUGAUGUAUGAUUUUCAUUUGAAUUAAUCCAUGGCUCUCCCCACCCAUUCAUGAAUAAUAAAGGCAUCGUUUGGUUUGCUUCAG